AACAGAAUGAUGAAAAUUCAAAUUGCAUGUCGAAAUCCACAAGUCGAAACAAGGUAGAAAAGGGAAAGAACAUCAAUUCAUCUUUCAUAGUUCAAGACGUGAUCCCUGGAAAAGCUUCAGAAUCAGAAUGGAAUGAGUUGAUUGAAGAUGAUUUAGCAGAAAAAACAUGCUAUGAUAUCGCAAAAGAUAUAGUUGAUGAAACACUCAGUGCUAUAUUCCAGAUAUAUUUAAAGGAUCAAUUAAUACCAUUUGCAGUUCAUCAAGCAUCUUUGUGCCUCAUGCAAUACAUUGACUUGGAGUUCAUGUCCUGCGAUCAAGGAGAGCCUUUUAUUAAUCUUAAUCCGGAGUGGUUCGAAGAUGAACUUGCGGAAUCAAGUAGAAUAGAUUCUUGGGCUCAAGGAGCGAUUUCCAAGACUUCUUAUGCAAAGAUUUCAGACAAUCUACAACCCAAAAAUAAUCAUCAGGCUUUACAAAGGCUUCAAAAUAGUCUUAUCCACAAAAAUGAAGAUGUUGGUGAAAAUAAAGCUAUCCGUAAGGAACAUACUGUUGGCAUGUCCCAUAGUGAAAAUCUCCACCAAAUAUCUAUACGACAGAAGAAGCCUCAAAAACUGAAAAACGAUUUUAAAAAAGAUCACACCCGUAUGCUUGCCGAUCAAGGAGAUUCCAUCCCUCAACUAACUAAACAGUUGAAAGAUUCUACAUUUAAAUCAUCUAUAGAAAAUGUAUCAAUGGAAAAUAUAUCAGUUAAAAACGACAAUACCAGUAAAGAAUAUAGUCUAACUAGAAAGAAACCAAUGAAGCCACUCAUCAAACCACUGCCUGAAACUAUGCUACAAAACAAACGAAUAAAUGGAUCUGGAAAACUAGUUUUCGACGAUGAAGGAAAUCUACUCAGUGUACCUAAAUUAUAUCCAGCCAAUAAGAGGCAAGAUGAAUCAUUCACGACUGAUUCACAUUCAAAUGGAAGUGAUAAUAAUAUUUUGGGAAAUAAAAUUCCAAUUCAAUGGCGUUUCGUAUCAGAGUCAUACUGUAACAGUACAACUAACAAUCAGUUUGGCAUAAAAAUGAAUAGUAAAUUAAGAACAGCCAGAUCGUCCAUAUCGAAUUCUUCAAAUAAAGUGAGAACAAGAAAUCGUAGUUUAGAUUUAACUGGUGCCACAGUUACACCUGAUUUAAUACGUCUACAGAAAAUUAAGAAUGCAUGUAUCAAUUUACCAAAUACCAUUGAUAUGGUUGAUUUAGUGGCUGGAGUGACAAUAUCUGAUGGGGAACAUUUAAAAGUUGGUCAGUUAACGAAUGAACAGUUCACGUCAAUACUGAAUACAAACUGGAAUAAUCUUGACGAAAUUCCACCAGCCAAAGUGAAUUAAACUAACCACAAUGAUUUAUAAUCUCAAAGUGUUUAUCCACAUGGAUCAUCUACAUUUAAGACAAAAAUCGUCUCUCUUUUUACAUGAAACUGUGUUUAAAAACAAAAAAUAAUCACCAAUACACAUUGAU